AUGGGAACAAUAUUCACUUAGUAAUUACUUGGAAAUAUCUCAGUUGAAUUCAUUCAAUAAUUACUUAAACAGAAAGAGAUUGAAAAGGGAAUCUUAUUUACCUAUAUGUAUUGUCUAAGAGUCUCCCAAAAUAAACGAAUUAAGGAUAGAUAAUAAAAAAAGAGAAAUGUUGACAUCAAUUCUUUCAUCACCAAAUUAAUCAGUUUGAUUGUAAUUUCAUAAUUAAAGGAUGAUUUUAGUAACAAGAAUAUGGAUUUAAUUACAAAUAAUCUAGGUUUUGUAGAUGCAGAUGAAAGAUCUAAUAUAUUCUUAAAUAUCCUAAGAAUUCAAUUUGAAAUCCCAUCCAUGAAUGUGAAUUAUCUUAAAUAUGUCUCUGCGAAGUGUCAACAACUAUCUUAGGAAACAUAUCAUUCUUUUAGUGGAUUCUAUACCAAUGUUUUAAACCCAACGACCCUUUCAUUUGAUCAAUAUAUGAUUUCGAUGCAAUUAGGGGUUAUCUACGGAAAAGUUGACUCCUUUUUGGCUUAAAUUGGAUAGGGUUUCUUGAGAGAUCUCCAAUAAUUCGAAUAAUAUAAAGACUUUUUACAGAGAGAUCUGAUUCUUAUAGUGGAUUUAAUGGAAAAUCCAUACUAUUUUGCUAAUGUACUCAUCCAUAAUAAUAACUGCCCUCAAGAUAUUUAUAAAUAAUUACUAGUAAAAGUUGCAAUUUCUAUUUGGCAAUUGAAUCCUAAACUAACAUUUUCACAAUUACAGCAACAAAUGUCUUUGUUUAUAAAGGUUGAAGUGUUGCCCCAAUACAUAUAAGAUUUAUUUAUUUUAAAUAAGGACUAUACGAUUAAAUUAAAAGAGCAAUAAUAGGAAGUAUGGCCAUUCCAGUGUUUAUAAAGGGAUUGUUCCUCAGUUCAAAUUUAUCUGAAUUUAGUUAAAGAUGAAGUCUUAUUUAAUGAAUUGUUGUAAGACUUAGAGAGUUUUGAAUUCCUGACCAGAAUUCAAGAAAUCAUGUUCAAAAGCCCAAAUUUUAUUCAAAUAAUUUAUCAAUUGCUCUUGUGUGUGCAUAGAUUGGAGUUAAAGAUUUGGAUUGGGAAGAUAUUAUUUUAUGCCAAGAAAUUUAGUAAUACUAAUAAAGAAUGCGAUACUCUAUUGAAAUCUAAAGAGUGUCAGUCCUUUAUUUUGGAAAUGCCUAGUAAUUUUAGAACUUAUAUGCUAUUUGAUAAGAAUGCUAUUUAAUGA